UAUACUUGUAAUGCACUAGUUAUGCGAAUGAAUUGAACUUCACGUUAUAAGGGUACCGCGUCCAGAUGUACUUUUGAUCCUCUCAUCCAUGCAUAUUUCUUAAUCCAACUUCCCUCCUCAAUCUGCGCUUCACUACGCACGAUGAGUAUCAGUGACCUCAGCUCCCCUUCUCCCGCAGAAGUGGAGAAUCUCGUGGUUCUUUUCGUCGGCUUCGCAUUGGCAACAUUCUUAUAUGGCUUGACAUUCUUUCGUGAGUAUUUAACGCCCUCUCAUUGGUGGUGUGGUAACUUUCGCUUUCCAGCUGGCGCACGCAAUUUCGAGCGCUUGAAAGCUCGCACAAGACUGUGGCUCUACAUUUGCACGAGGGAUGUGUUGGGUGCUGCGAUGCGGCUGCUGAGCAUCAGGCCUCUGGAGAGGAUGUAGUGGGUGUUUUUUU